GAAUGAAAGAAAUAAUGUAAAGAAAGAGUGUAAAUUUUUGUUUUCUUCUAAAUUUCCCGCCCUCGUUCUUUAUCUCUUCCUAGCUUCUUCCCCAAAUCUCCGUCGUUUCCAUUUUUUUUCUUUCUCAGAGGGAGUAGUCGAUUGACCACUGAGACGUCAAGAAUCAGAUAAUCCAGUUGGAGCCAAUUGAGGAUUGCCCGGAAUUAGCCGAUCCAAGUUCCUCUCUCUGGAGCCACAAACCCUAAAACCAUGAGGGAUCCACCGGCGUUUCGUACCUCGAGCGGAUCAGCCAAGAGAACCAAAUCAACCAAACGCUACGUUCCGCAGAAGAAUUCCGUGGCAUAUGCUUUGUUGAUCACGCUUUACAGGGGAACCGAAAAUGGAGAUGAAUUUAUGCGUAAGCAGGAGCUUAUUGAUGCAGCUGAAGCAAGUGGACUUUCUCGUGUGCCGAUUAUGCCGGAGAAGGGGAAGGGAAAACCUACAACUCUCGGCAAUUCUGCCAAGGAAUGGUAUAGUGGUUGGUCCUGCAUGAAGACGUUGAUAACCAAAGGACUGGUUCUGAAAUUGAGUUGCCCCGCAAAGUACAUGCUUACUGAAGAAGGUCAGGAAGUUGCCCGUGAAUGUCUCAUGAGGUCCGGUUUGGCGGAUCCUGCGGAAAAAGUUUCUAAUGCCAAAGGGUUGUCUGUCGUGGAUGUGAAUGUAUCAGAACAGGACCUUUCUCAUCCUGAGUCAGUGACAGAUAUGACAUUGUUGUCCAGUAAUUCAAGUAGUGAGGAGAACUUAAUUGAUAUGCCAUGGGAAUGUCUUGACAAGAGUUGUCCCGUGCCAAAGUCUAGUUCUCCGGGUGUCAAAGCAAGUUCAAAAGCUUUAUCCAUUCCACCUCUAAGCUUUGGGGAGAGAUUUGAAGAUGCUUAUGAAGUAGUCUUUCUAUUAGAUGACCGAGAGCAAUUGGCCGCUCAGAUAUUGCGGUCUAGGAGCAUUAUUGAGAGUGUUAUUUCUGAAUCCAAAAUUAAAGUAGAGGUCAGACGGUUACCAGUCGGAGAUGGGAUUUGGAUAGCUCGCCAUAAUUAUCUUGAGACUGAAUAUGUACUUGAUUUUAUUGUUGAGAGGAAGAAUGUUGAUGAUUUACGCUGUUCAAUAAGUGACAACCGUUUCAGGGAUCAAAAAUUGAGACUUUUGAGGUGCGGACUCAAAAAGCUGAUAUAUCUUGUGGAAGGUGAUCCCAAUUCUUGUGAAGCAGCAGAAAGCAUUAAAACAGCCUGCUUCACAACUGAAAUUUUGGAGGGUUUUGAUGUUCAGAGAACUGAAAACUUGACUGAAACCUUAAGGAAGUAUGGUUAUCUUACUGAAGCAAUAUUUAAAUAUUACAAAGAACUUCCUGAGGAACAGUGGAAGCAUGCUGGAGUUUGUCUUACAUUUGAUGAAUUUAACAAAAGGAGUCAAGACCUGGAUAAAAUGACAGUCAGUGACGUAUUUGCUGUUCAGCUCAUGCAGGUCCCCCAGGUGACUGAGGAAGUUGCCAUUGCUGUUCUGGAUUUGUACCCAACGCCUUUUUCUCUUGCCCAUGAAUACUCUCUACUUGAGGGUGAUGUCCGCACACAGGAGGAGAUGCUUAGAACACAGAGUAACAAUGUUGUAAACGCUGCUGCUAGUAAGAAUAUUUUUCGCUUUGUAUGGAGCAAUUGAUUGAGGUUUAUCUCCCAUAGAGAAAAGUAGGAUUGGAUUGUUAGUCCUAUACUAAGUUUGCAAUGUAAUAUGAGGAACUGGUUUUUUUUUUUUUUCCUUCUCUUU